AUGAGUAUUUGUUCUCAAUUUGAAAUAUCAGAAGGAUUUCAAAAUAUUAGUGAAUUUCAAAAUGUUAUAAGAGCUAUAGAUAGAACUCAUUUUAUUUUAACUGAGAUACCAACACAAGAUCCAACAGCAUACUUUACAAGGAAAAAAAGAUAUGCAAUUCAAUUUUAUAGUAAUUCAGAUUUUUAUCUUAAUAGAAUAGAAUAUAUUCAAGAUGAAGAUUAUGUGUUAG